AUGUCAUCCCGACCAAGCUCGUCCAAGCCUCAGGGAAUUUCCAAGUGUCGAUACACCACCUCGGCCUUGUCAAAGGGAACUGCAACCUUGCGAAAGGGGAUUACUGGAGGGACAAUGACGGACGACGAAAACACCAAGACGCAGGCUGACGAGGAUCGCCUUCUCAUGCCACCUCCCCCUCGACCCGCCACUCGUCGAACCCGAUCUUCUCCCAAGAAAGCGUCUCCUCAGAAGACCGCCGAAUUUACCAUGAAGCUCCGACCUCGAAAGAACAAGAGCAAGGACAAAACCGAGCUUGUCGCUAUCACCACCGGCACCAACAACGACACUGACAACACCGACACCAAGACGGCAAAGGAUGACACCAAGAAGCCGGAGGAUGAAGACCUUCCUCCCAUCAAACCCCUCAACCGACGGGAACGCCUGCUUUUUCCUGGCAUCAUGCCCACCUGGCUAUUUGAGACCAUGACCCCCGAGGAGGUCGAGCUCUGGCGCGAGCUGGCGUCUCAGGCGGGUGACCGUAUGUUGACUGUCGACGAGGUUGACAAGCUUUGCGAGGAGUUCUACAAAGAGUCGCGAGAGUGA